AUGAAGCAGUUGCUCUGCGUCUUAUUGGGCUGGAGUAUUUGCUCCGAGGAGGGGGAGAAUGACCUGAUAUCCAUAUGGAUAUCGGCUUACGGCUUCGUUGCAAGUAGAUGUGUUGGUGGGGGCACGGCAGAGGAAGACCAUGGAUCGGUGAUUAGGGGUCGAGACGAACAGAGCAGCGUAUUGCUCUGCGGCGAAGUCAGUGCUUUCCAUUACACCAGUCCGACUAGUGGCCGCUCUACAAACCAACGGCUACAGGACAGCUACGCACAAGAUGCAGGGGUUGUGUGA